ACAAUCAAAAUGUUCAAAGUUUUCAUCUUCGCCUGCUUCCUCGCUGUUGCCGCCGCUAAGCCCGGUGUCUUACCGUUGGCAUACACCGCUCCCUUCGCUGCAGCGUACACGGCGCCCGUGGCGGCAGCGUACACAGCUCCCGUAGCUGCGGCGUACACCGCUCCAGUGGCCUACUCUGCGUACUCGGCUUACACCGCUCCAGUGGCCGCUUACUCCGCCUACACUUACGCGUCUCCUUACUCCGCCUACUACCUUCGCCGUUGAUUUUACCAGAAUGAUAAUGAUUGUAUUAAGUGAACUAAUGAAUAAAUAAUUUCAA